AUUUGGAGGAGGGUUGUAAAUUGGUCAGUAUAUACAUUUACAGGCGAACCAAACGAGUGUUUUAAGCAGCGGCGCGUGUGGGCCUUCUCCGAACCCUGUUCCACACCGUUCCAACGAUCGAAUUGUGAGUCUCAAUCUCAGUGAGGUUUUGGAAAUUUAACCCUUUCAAUUCUGAGCGAAGUUCGACAUGCAAGUUUUUCCAAGUGAAGGUGAAAGCGCUCUUUCAGUUGUUGGUCCAAGGCCAAUGGAAUGGUCUACUGUUCCAUAUAAUGCCCCUCAAGCUCCUGGGCCAAAUGGAAAGCAGCGGACCUCAAGUUUGGAAUCACCAAUCAUGUUGCUGUCAGGUCACCAGAGUGCUAUAUAUACCAUGAAGUUCAAUCCUGCAGGAUCAGUUGUUGCAUCUGGAUCUCAUGACAGGGAAAUUUUCCUCUGGAAUGUGCAUGGGGAUUGCAAGAACUUCAUGGUUCUGAAAGGUCACAAGAAUGCAGUUUUAGAUCUUCACUGGACUACUGAUGGGACACAGAUAAUUUCUGCCAGCCCUGAUAAAACAGUGAGGGCGUGGGAUGUCGAAACAGGAAAACAAAUAAAAAAAAUGGUAGAACAUCUCUCAUACGUUAAUGCAUGUUGUCCUUCUCGAAGGGGACCACCUCUUGUUGUUAGUGGCUCCGAUGAUGGAACUGCUAAAUUAUGGGAUAUGCGUCAAAGGGGUUCCAUCCAAACAUUCCCGGAUAAAUACCAGAUUACUGCUGUUGGCUUCUCCGAUGCAUCAGAUAAGAUCUUCACCGGUGGUAUUGAUAAUGAUGUCAAGAUUUGGGAUUUGCGUAAAGGUGAAGUUACCAUGACAUUGCAAGGUCAUCAAGAUAUGAUUACUGGUAUGCAGUUGAGUCCUGAUGGGUCGUACCUUCUUACAAAUGGCAUGGAUUGCAAGCUUUGCAUUUGGGACAUGCGCCCAUAUGCUCCACAAAAUCGCUGUGUGAAGGUGUUGGAAGGGCACCAACACAACUUUGAGAAGAACUUGUUGAAGUGUGGUUGGUCUCCUGAUGGAAGCAAGGUAACGGCUGGUAGUUCUGAUCGAAUGGUUUACAUCUGGGAUACCACUUCUCGUCGCAUCUUGUAUAAGCUUCCUGGUCACAAUGGGUCUGUUAAUGAGUGUGUUUUUCAUCCCAAUGAGCCUAUCAUUGGAUCUUGUGGCAGUGACAAGCAGAUUUAUCUGGGGGAGAUAUGAAGCCCAACGUUUAGGAACUUGCCAAAUGAAAUGAGCAUGCUAGUGCCUUUGACAAACUUUAGGGAGUGGUAAACUUUAGAAAUCCUGAAUUCUUUCUGUUGUUUCCUGAUCCAUGAAUUCAGUGACUGUAUAAUGUUCCGCCAAAAGCAUUAUAUCUAUUUUCUUUACUAAUUGAUGUAAUUUGAGAUUUGACGUUGGUGAGAAUGGCUCCACUCUUUCAUAUUGAACUUCGUGUCAUUUUGCUUA